GCUCAACCACGACGGCCUGCUUACUUUGAACUGUCGCCACCAUUUAAAAAUCAGUGAGCCUUACAGCAAGGAGAGGCGGAGUUCUGGGCAGACAGAGGAUAACAGGCGCUGCAGGAGAGGACUGAAAACACAGAAGGAACACUGGAACCAAAGAAAGCAUCAUGAUGGAGCUGUAUCUUGACCUGCACUCCCAGCCAUGCCGCUCCGUCUUCCUGUUUGCCAAAGCGGUCGGGAUUCCCUUUGAGUUUAAGCUGGUGGAGCUUGUUGAAGGCCAGCAGUAUAGCGAGGAGUUUGGAAAAGUCAGCCUCAUGAGGAAGGUUCCUGUGAUGAAGGAUGGAAGCUUCAUUCUGACGGAAAGUGUUGCGAUCCUGAAGUACCUGGUGCAGAAACAUUCGUCGUCAGUGGCAGAUCACUGGUAUCCUGCUGACCUGCAGCAGCGGGCUCGUGUGAAUGAAUACCUGUCCUGGCAGCACAUGAACCUCAGAUCUCACGGGUCUAAGGUCUUCCUGCUCAGGGCUAUGUUUCCUGUCAUCAUGGGCUCUGAGGUCCCGAAGGAGAAGAUGGACGCUGCUGUCGAGGAUCUGAAUCAGUCGCUCAAAAUGCUGGAGGACUAUUUCCUGCAGAACAAACCGUUCAUCAUCGGCGACAAAAUCUCUCUGGCUGAUCUGGUGGCUGUAGUUGAGAUCAUGCAGCCUGUUGCAACCGGCCUGGAUGUGUUUGAAGGCCGUCCAAAACUGAUCAGCUGGAGAGAGCGAGUGAAAAAGGCGCUCGGUGAAAAGUUGUUUGACGAAAGUCACGAGGUGAUCAUGAAGGUGAGCAGCGUGCCGGAUAAGGUGCAGAGCAACAGCCAGCUGGAGAUGCUCAAACCAAAGUUUCAGAAGCUUUUCAGAUGAGAACAAACACAGAUGAUACAACUGUGACAGUGUCAAAAUAGUAUGUCAAUUGGAUUUUAAUUUGAUAGUUGUAUGAGGAUUUUUUCCAGCAGAAUUUCUGAGCCAGUUUAAUGAAGUACUGAGAAAUAAGUCAACAGCUUCCAGGUAUUAAACUGUUUGUGCAGCUCCUUAUCCUAAUCAUGUAAAAAGUUCUUUAAUGUGUUUAUCUGAU